AUGGAGGGGAGAAUUGUCCGAGUGAGUGGGGAGGAAUCCAGAACUCCAGAAGCUGAGGCAGGGAGGCAGCUGAGAGCUGAAGACGUCUCAUUCCUGCACAACUACAAGGCUGCAGUGGAAAGAGUCCAGCGCUGCCCCCUGCUGGAUGAUCCACAGCUGCCCUCAGGAGCUCUGAUAGACCAGGCCAAACACCUGGGCAACCUAACCUUCAACAUCUGGAACAACAUGAAGGACAUGGUCUCCUACACUGCUCUCAUUCUGGACCCAAACACUGCAAACUCAGACCUCAUCUUGUCCGAAGAUCUGACCAGUGUGAGAGGAGGAGAGAGGCAGCAGCUUCCUGAUAAUCCAGAGAGAACUAAUUGGUUUUACUCUGUCCUGGGCUCUGAGGGCUUUAACUCAGGGACUCACAGCUGGGAUGUCGAGGUUGGAGACAGUACAUAUUGGGACCUAGGUGUGUUGACAAAGUCUAUGGGGAGGAAGAAAGAGUUAUGGUCUGAAUUAUGGAGAAUAGAGUUAUUUGAAAGCAAAUACUCAGCACACUCACCAUCAGCUCCUCUCACUGUUCUCUCAGUCCAGAAGAAGCUCCAGAGGAUCAGAGUGAAUCUGAACUGGAACAGAAGAAAGCUGUCGUUCUCUGAUCCUGAUACUAACACACACAUACACACCUUCAGAAACACUUUCACUGAGAAAAUGUUUCCAUAUAUUCGCACUCGUGAAGAAGUGAAAGUGUUGCCGUUAAAAGUGGCAGUGUCAUGGAGCAGAUGAGUUAGGGAUGAUUAUAUUUCUAAUGUCGUUUUCUGUCAGUGAAAUGUACAUUGGGUCCAGAUGUAAUAAUACACCCAGUCUAACAGAAGGUUCACAUAUGAAUGUAUUUAUGAAUGAUUUAAAAAGUGAAAACUCAGCACAGGGUUAAAAAUCAGCUUGAGUUGUUACUCAGAGAGUGAAUACAAACCUCAGAUGAAAAAAUUAAUAAUUUAAUUCAUAAUUAAACUGGUUAAUGUAAAUGAAUGGAACUCCUGCCACAUUA